CUCCCCGCCGGCGGCCGUGGAUGCCGCGCUGCCCGCGGCACCGGGCGUGCCUCCCCUCCCCUCCGUCCCCUCCCUCCCCUCCCCUGGGCGGGCGGCGGGGCCGGCGGGGCCGGGGCUCCGCGGGCGCUGAGCGGCGCAGCCCCGCCGCGGCGCGGGACCGCUGCGAGGAGCCGAGCGGUGCGAGCCGCCCGCGCAGUCCUGCAGGAGGCGCCGGGCGCUGCGCGGCGCUCGGGACCCGGAGCGCUCCUCUCCGCCUCUCCUCGCCCUGGGGUGGUUCUUUGGCGCUGUCCUUAGCCCCGCUGCCGCUCGGAGGACACGGUCGCAGCCGAGAAGAGCCGCCGGGGGUUUUGCGUGAGUGUGUGUGUGUGGGGAAUAACCGCAGACAUGACUGCGUGGAGGAAAUUCGAGUCUCUGCUGGUUUUCUGCGCGGGGCUCCUCACUGCAGCUCAGGGUCAGAACUGUGGAGGCUUAGUACAGGGACCAAAUGGUACUAUAGAAAGUCCUGGAUUUCCUCAUGGUUAUCCAAAUUAUGCCAACUGCACGUGGAUCAUUAUCACAGGAGAACGUAACAGGAUACAAUUGUCAUUUCAUACUUUUGCCCUCGAGGAAGAUUUUGAUAUUUUGUCAAUUUACGAUGGACAGCCACAGCAAGGCAAUUUAAAAGUGAGGUUAUCUGGCUUUCAGCUUCCAUCAUCUAUUGUGAGCACAGGAUCUAUCCUCACCCUCUGUUUCACCACAGAUUUUGCUGUCAGUGCUCAAGGCUUCAAAGCUAUCUAUGAAGUAUUACCUAGUCAUACUUGUGGCAACCCAGGAGAGAUACCUAAAGGAGUACUUCAUGGAACCAGAUUCAACAUUGGAGAUAAAAUCCGAUAUAGCUGUAUCUCUGGUUACAUCCUAGAAGGCCAUGCCAUGUUGACAUGUAUUGUGAGUCCUGGAAAUGGUGCAUCAUGGGAUUUUCCAGUUCCUUUUUGCAGAGCUGAAGGAGCUUGUGGAGGGACACUACGUGGGACAAGCGGAACUAUUUCAAGUCCUCACUUCCCUUCCGAGUAUGAAAAUAAUGCUGAUUGCACCUGGACCAUAUUGGCUGAACCAGGAGAUACUAUUGCUUUGGUCUUUACUGACUUCCAGUUAGAAGAAGGAUAUGACUUCUUAGAGAUCAGUGGAACAGAAGCACCAUCAAUAUGGUUGACUGGUAUGAAUCUACCUUCUCCUGUUAUCAGCAGUAAGAACUGGUUACGACUCCAUUUUACAUCUGACAGCAACCACCGACGAAAGGGAUUUAAUGCUCAGUUCCAAGUGAAAAAAGCAAUUGAACUGAAAUCAAGAGGAGUCAAGAUGUUGCCCAGCAAAGACAGUAACCACAAAAAUUCCGUCUUGACCCAGGGUGGGGAUGCAAUUGCAUCUGAUACAUGUCCUGAUCCUGGAAUUCCUGAAAAUGGGAAAAGGGUGGGCUCUGACUUCAGGGUGGGUGCGAGUGUACAGUUUUCCUGUGAAGAUAAUUAUGUGCUGCAAGGUUCUAAGAGCAUCACUUGUCAGAGAGUGACAGAUACACUGGCUGCCUGGAGUGACCACAGGCCAAUUUGCAGAGCGAGAACAUGUGGUUCUAAUUUACGUGGACCAAGUGGGAUUAUUACAUCACCAAAUUAUCCAGUUCAAUAUGAAGACAACGCACACUGCGUGUGGGUCAUUACAACAACUGACCCAGAAAAGGUCAUAAAGCUUGCUUUUGAAGAGUUUGAACUGGAAAGAGGCUAUGAUACUCUUACUGUUGGAGAUGCUGGAAAAGUUGGUGAUACCAGAACAGUGUUGUAUGUACUCACUGGAUCUAGUGUUCCUGAUCUUAUUGUGAGCAUGAGCAACCAGAUGUGGCUUCAUUUACAAUCUGAUGACAGCAUUGGCUCACCAGGAUUCAAAGCCGUUUAUCAAGAAAUUGAGAAAGGAGGUUGUGGAGACCCUGGAAUUCCAUCAUAUGGAAAAAGGAGUGGCAGCAGUUUUCUGCAUGGAGACACACUUACCUUUGAAUGUCAAGCAGCUUUUGAACUGGUGGGAGAGAGAACGAUUACAUGUCAACAAAACAACCAGUGGUCUGGCAACAAACCCAGCUGUGUUUUCUCAUGUUUCUUCAACUUCACCACACCGUCUGGAAUUAUUCUUUCUCCAAAUUAUCCUGAGGAGUAUGGGAACAAUAUGAACUGUGUUUGGUUAAUUAUCUCAGAGCCAGGAAGCAGAAUCCAUCUGAUUUUCAACGACUUUGAUGUAGAACCUCAAUUUGACUACCUUACAGUGAAAGAUGAUGGGAUUUCAGAUCUACCACCUCUUGGCACAUUUUCUGGCAAUGAGGUCCCUUCUCAGUUGGCUAGCAGUGGGCACAUAGUAAGACUUGAAUUUCAGUCAGAUCACUCUACCACUGGAAGAGGAUUUAAUAUCACUUACACAACUUUUGGUCAGAAUGAGUGCCAUGAUCCAGGCAUUCCUAUAAAUGGGAGGCGUUUUGGAGACAGAUUCCUUCUGGGAAGUUCUGUUUCCUUCCACUGUGAUGACGGCUUUGUGAAGACCCAAGGCUCUGAAUCCAUAACAUGUAUUAUGCAAGAUGGAAACGUAGUAUGGAGCUCUACUGUCCCACGUUGUGAAGCACCAUGUGGUGGACAUUUGACAGCAUCAAGUGGCGUUAUCUUACCACCAGGGUGGCCAGGAUAUUAUAAGGACUCACUUAAUUGUGAAUGGGUAAUUGAAGCAAGACCAGGACAUUCCAUUAAGAUCACUUUUGACAGAUUUCAGACUGAAGUUAAUUAUGAUACUUUGGAAGUCAGAGAUGGGCCAGCUAACUCGUCACCAUUAAUUGGAGAAUACCAUGGAACACAAGCACCCCAGUUCCUUAUCAGUACUGGAAAUUACAUGUAUCUGCUGUUCACUACAGACAACAGUCGUUCCAGCGUUGGUUUCCUAAUUCACUAUGAGAGUGUUACUCUGGAAUCAGAUUCCUGCCUCGACCCAGGGAUUCCUGUGAAUGGCCAUCGCCAUGGUAACAACUUUAAUAUCCGCUCCACCGUAACUUUUAGCUGUGAUCCAGGGUAUACACUCAGUGAUGAAGAACCACUCAUAUGUGAAAGAAACCAUCAGUGGAAUCAUGCAUUACCCAGCUGUGAUGCUUUAUGUGGUGGAUAUAUUCAUGGGAAGAGUGGAACAGUUCUUUCUCCAGGUUUUCCUGAUUUUUAUCCAAACUCUUUAAACUGCACUUGGACUAUUGAAGUGUCACAUGGCAAGGGUGUACAGCUGGUUUUUCAUACCUUUCACCUUGAGAGCUCUCAUGACUAUUUGCUCAUCACUGAAGAUGGCAGCUUCACAGAACCAGUAGCCAGGUUGACUGGCUCCGUCUUACCCCCUACAAUUAAAGCUGGCCUCUUUGGAAAUUUUACUGCACAGCUUCGAUUUAUAUCUGAUUUUUCAAUUUCUUAUGAAGGAUUCAACAUAACAUUUUCAGAGUAUGAUCUGGAGUCAUGUGAUGAUCCUGGUGUUCCUGCCUUCAGUAGGCGAAUUGGUUUUCAUUUUGGUGUUGGAGAUUCUUUGAUCUUUUCUUGUUUCCCCGGAUAUCGCCUGGAAGGUGCUAAUAAACUUACCUGCCUGGGAGGUGGUCGGCGUGUAUGGAGUGCACCUCUGCCAAGGUGUGUGGCUGAAUGUGGAGCAACUGUCUCUGCAAAUGAAGGAACCUUGCUGUCUCCAAAUUUUCCAUCUAAUUAUGACAACAACCAUGAAUGUAUCUAUAAAAUUGAAACAGAGGCUGGAAAAGGGAUCCAUCUCAGAGCCAGGAGCUUUCAGCUGCAUGAGGGAGAUAUUGUUAAGGUGUAUGAUGGAAAAGACAGUUCUUCACGCUCUCUGGGAUCCUUCACCAAAAAUGACAUGAUGGGAGUUAUCCUUAAUAGCACCUCUAACCAUUUGUGGAUAGAGUUUAACACCAAUGGAUCUGAUACUGACCAAGGAUUUCAGCUCACUUACACGAGUUUUGACCUAGUGAAGUGUGAAGAUCCUGGCAUACCAAAUUAUGGCUACAAGAUCCGAGAUGAAGGACAUUUUAUAGACACUGUCAUUUUAUACAGCUGUAAUCCUGGCUAUACAAUGCAUGGUAGUAGUAUUAUGACCUGCUUAAGCGGAGAUCGAAGAGUUUGGGACAAACCUUUGCCUGCUUGCAUAGCUGAGUGUGGUGGUCGAAUUCAUGCUGCUACAUCGGGGCGCAUUUUGUCCCCUGGUUACCCAGCACCAUAUGACAACAAUCUUCAUUGCACUUGGAUUAUCGAAGCAGAUCCAGGAAAGACAAUAAGUCUGCAUUUUAUUGUUUUUGACACUGAGGUUGCUCAUGACAUCUUGAAGGUAUGGGAUGGGCCUAUUGAGAGCAGCAUACUUCUGAAAGAAUGGAGUGGCUCAGCCCUUCCAGAGGAUAUUCACAGCACUUUCAACUCAUUAACAUUACAAUUUGACAGUGAUUUCUUCAUCAGCAAAUCGGGCUUCUCCAUUCAGUUUUCAACUUCUAUUGCAUCAACCUGUAACGAUCCUGGGACACCACAGAAUGGCACUAGAUACGGAGACAGCAGAGAGCCUGGAGACACUACCACCUUUCAAUGUGACCCUGGCUACCAACUUCAAGGACAGGCUAAAAUUACAUGUGUGCAACUGAAUAACCGAUUCUUCUGGCAACCUGAUCCUCCUACAUGCAUAGCUGCAUGUGGAGGAAACCUGACAGGCCCAGCAGGAGUUAUUUUAUCACCUAACUAUCCACAGCCUUAUCCUCCUGGAAAAGAAUGUGACUGGAGAAUAAAAGUAAACCCUGACUUUGUCAUUGCCUUGAUAUUCAAAAGUUUCAGUAUGGAACCCAGUUAUGAUUUUCUACAUAUUUAUGAAGGGGAAGAUUCCAACAGUCCUCUAAUUGGGAGUUUUCAAGGCUCACAGGCUCCUGAAAGAAUAGAGAGCAGUGGUAACAGUCUGUUUCUGGCUUUUCGCAGUGAUGCUUCUGUUGGAAUGUCAGGAUUUGCCAUUGACUAUAAAGAAAAGCCACGGGAAGCUUGUUUUGAUCCUGGAAACAUCAUGAAUGGGACAAGAAUCGGAACAGACUUUAAGCUUGGUUCAACUAUUACUUACCAGUGUGAUUCUGGAUAUAAGAUUAUUGAUCCUUCAACUAUAACUUGUGUAAUUGGUGCAGAUGGAAAGCCAGCAUGGAACAGAGCAUUGCCAUCUUGUAAUGCACCAUGUGGAGGGCAGUAUACUGGAUCAGAGGGAGUGGUUUUAUCACCAAGUUAUCCUCAUAAUUACACUGCUGGACAGACUUGCCAUUAUUCAAUAACUGUACCUAAAGAAUUUGUUGUGUUUGGACAAUUUGCCUAUUUUCAGACAGCUUUGAAUGAUGUGGCAGAAUUAUUUGAUGGAGAAAACUCUCAGGCUAGACUUCUUAGUUCACUGUCUGGAUCCCACUCAGGAGAGACAUUGCCUUUGGCUACAUCUAAUCAAAUUCUUCUGCGAUUCAGUGCUAAGAGUGGGGCAUCAGCCAGGGGGUUCCACUUUGUUUACCAAGCUGUUCCACGCACAAGUGAUACACAGUGUAGCUCAGUUCCAGAGCCUAGGUAUGGAAGGAGAAUCGGCUCCGAGUUUUCAGCAGGCUCUGUUGUUCGAUUUGAGUGUAGUCCUGGCUAUCUGCUACAAGGCUCAAAAGCUAUCCGAUGUCAGUCUGUACCUAAUGCCUUAGCUCAGUGGAAUGACACAGUACCAAGCUGUGUAGUGCCAUGCAGUGGGAAUUUUACUGAGAGGAGAGGUACUAUUCUUUCACCAGGUUACCCUGAACCUUAUGGUAACAGCUUGAAUUGUGUGUGGAAAAUCAUAGUGACUGAGGGAUCAGGUAUUCAGAUCCAGGUCAUCAGCUUUGCCACUGAACAUAAUUGGGACUCUCUUGAAAUAUACGAUGGUGGAGAUAUGACAGCACCACGUCUUGGGAGCUUUUCAGGUACAACUGUGCCAGCAUUGUUGAAUAGCACUUCCAAUCAACUUUACCUGCAUUUUCACUCUGACAUUAGUGUGGCAGCAGCUGGUUUUCACCUGGAAUACAAAACUGUAGGCCUUGCUGCCUGUCCAGAACCAGUAAUUCCUAGCAAUGGGAUCAAAUCAGGAGAUAGAUAUAUGGUGAAUGAUGUUUUGUCAUUUCAGUGUGAGCCAGGAUAUACAUUACAGGGCCGUUCUCAUAUUUCUUGCAUGCCAGGAACAGUUCGACGCUGGAACUAUCCACCUCCUCUCUGCAUUGCUAAAUGUGGUGGAACACUAACAAACAUGGGUGGUGUGAUCCUGAGCCCAGGUUUUCCUGGAAAUUACCCUAGUAACUUAGACUGUACAUGGAAAAUUUUAUUGCCUAUUGGAUAUGGUGCACACAUUCAGUUUCUGAAUUUCUCUACUGAAGCAAAUCAUGAUUUCCUUGAAAUUCAGAAUGGGCCUUACCACACCAGCUCUAUGAUCGGCCAGUUUAGUGGAACAGAACUCCCAUCACCCUUACUAAGUACCACUCACGAAACACUGGUCCAUUUUUACAGUGAUCACUCAGAAAACAGGCAAGGAUUUAAGUUGACAUACCAAGCUUACGAGUUACAGAACUGCCCUAAUCCUCCUCCUUUUUUGAACGGAUAUAUAGUCAACUCCGAUUACAGUGUGGGUCAGUCGGUAUCAUUUGAAUGCUAUCCUGGGUAUGUUUUGAGGGGUCAGCCUGUUAUCACAUGCCAACAUGGAAUCAACAGAAAUUGGAACUAUCAUUUCCCCAGAUGUGAAGCUCCUUGUGGCUAUAAUGUGACUGCUCAGAAUGGUACAGUUUAUUCCCCAGGAUUUCCAGAUGAAUACCCAAAUUCCAAGGACUGUACUUGGUUAAUUAUUGUACCUCCAGGCCAUGGGAUUUAUAUCAACUUUACCUUACUCCAGACUGAACCUGUGAAUGACUACAUUGCAGUUUGGGAUGGUCCUGACCAUAAUUCGCCUCAGCUGGGAGUUUUCAGUGGGAACACAGCUCUGGAAACAGCUUACAGUUCCACCAAUCAAGUCCUCCUCAAAUUUCACAGUGAUUUUUCAACAGGAGGAUUCUUUGUCCUCAAUUUUCACGCUUAUCAGCUGAAGAAGUGCCAGCCUCCGCCCACAGUUCCACAUGCAGAUUUGUUUACAGAAGAUGAUGACUUUGAAAUAGGAGAUUUUGUGAAGUACAAGUGCCAUCCUGGUUUCACCCUUGUUGGACAAGAUAUAUUAACCUGCAAACUGAAUGCACAGUUGCAGUUUGAAGGAUCCUCUCCAUUUUGUGAAGCACAAUGUCCAGCAAAUGAAAUCCGUACAGAAUCAUCAGGAGUGAUCCUCAGUCCAGGUUACCCAGGCACCUAUCCCAAUUCUCAGACCUGUUCUUGGACUAUAAAGGUUGAGCCAGGAUAUAACAUCUCCAUCUUUGUAGAAAUGUUUCAAAGUGAAAAGCAAUUUGAUGAGCUGGAGGUAUUCGACGGUUCUUCUGGGCAAAGCCCUUUACUGGUUGCUUUAAGUGGAAAUCAUACCGGACAACUGAACUUUACAAGCAAAAUGAAUCAGCUAUAUCUUCGCUGGUCAACUGAUCAUGCAACCAGCAAGAAAGGAUUCAAGAUCCGUUACUCAGCUCCCUAUUGCAGCUUAAACCCUAUCUUGAGAAACGGUGGAAUUGUAAAUAAAACAGGUGGUCCUGCUGGAAGUAAAGUUCGCUAUUACUGCAAACCUGGGUAUAGAAUGAUUGGUCACAAUAAUGCGACAUGCAGGCGUCACCAAAAUGGCAUGUACCAGUGGGAUUCUCCUGUGCCAAUCUGCCACGCUGUGUCUUGUGGUAUUCCUGACUCCCCUGGGAAUGGUUCAGUUAUAGGUAAUGAAUUCACUUUGGGCAGUAGAUUGAUAUAUGAAUGUAAUGAGGGCUUCAAGCUAGAAUCCAGUCAACAAGCAACAGCAGUGUGUCAAGAAGAUGGAUUAUGGAGCAACAAAGGGAGGCCACCUGUUUGCAAAUCUGUAACUUGUCCCAGCAUAGAGACUCUGCUCUCAGAACAUGUUGUCUGGAGACUGAUUUCUGGGUCACUGAAUGAGUAUGGAGCUCAAGUCAUGCUCAGCUGCAGUCCUGGAUAUUACUUAUUGGGUCGAAGACUCAUACAGUGCCGGACUAAUGGAACCUGGAGCGUAGGCAAUGAAAGGCCAAGUUGUAAGGUUAUCUCCUGUGGUGGUCUUCCGUCUCCACCAAAUGGAAAUAAGAUUGGAACCUUAACAGUGUAUGGAGCUACUGCAAUAUUCACCUGUAACACAGGAUACACAUUAGUUGGUUCUCACGUGAGAGAAUGCUUGGCAAACGGUCUCUGGAGUGGUACUGAAACCCAAUGCCUAGCUGGUCACUGUGGUUCUCCGGACCCAAUUGUAAACGGUCAUAUUAGUGGAGAUGGUUUCAGUUAUCGCGAUACCGUAGUCUACCAGUGUAAUCCUGGCUUUCGACUUGUUGGUACAUCUGUCAGAAUUUGCCUACAGGAUCACAAGUGGUCUGGACAAACUCCUGUUUGUGUCCCAAUCACAUGUGGACAUCCUGGGAAUCCAGCUCAUGGAAUGACUAAUGGCAGUGAGUUCAAUCUAAAUGAUGUUGUAAAUUUUACUUGCAACACUGGGUACUUACUUCAGGGUGCUUCUCGAGCACAGUGCCGAAGCAAUGGGCAGUGGAGUAGCCCUUUACCCAGCUGCCGAGUGGUGAACUGUUCUGAUCCUGGCUUUGUGGAAAAUGCAAUUCGGCACGGACAGCAGAAUUAUCCUGAAAGUUUCAAGUACGGAACAAGUGUGGCAUACCAUUGCAAGAAGGGCUUUUAUCUGUUGGGCUCAUCUGCUUUGACCUGUAAAGCUACUGGCUUAUGGGAUAGGUCACUACCAAAGUGUUUGUCCAUUUCUUGUGGACAUCCUGGGGUACCUGCCAAUGCAGUUCUUUCAGGAGACAAAUUUACAUAUGGCUCCAUAAUUCACUAUUCUUGCACAGCGGGUCGAAGACUGAUAGGAAAUUCUACUAGGGAGUGCCAAGAAGAUAGCCACUGGAGUGGGACUCUCCCUCACUGUUCAGGAAAUAAUCCUGGCUAUUGCGAUGAUCCAGGAGUACCAGCUCAUGGGUCUAGACUAGGGGAUGAGUUCAAAAUAAAAAGUCUGCUACGUUUCUCAUGUGAAAUGGGUUAUCAGCUGAGAGGAUCUGCAGAACGAACAUGCCUGCUUAAUGGUUCCUGGUCAGGUAUACAGCCUGUGUGUGAAGCUGUAUCUUGUGGGAACCCUGGCACCCCAGCCAAUGGUAUGAUAAUAUACACUGAUGGAAUAUUAUUCUCCAGCUCAGUCAUUUAUGCCUGCUGGGAAGGUUACAAAACUUCAGGGCUAACUACUAGACAUUGUACUGCUAAUGGGACAUGGACUGGCACGGCUCCAGACUGCACAGUGAUCAGCUGUGGAGAUCCAGGUGCAUUAGCAAAUGGCAUUCAGUUUGGAAAUGAUUUUACCUUUAAUAAGACAGUCAGCUAUCAGUGCAAUCCAGGAUACUUGAUGGAGCCUGCCAGUUCAUCUACCAUGCGUUGCAUAAAAGACAGCACUUGGAACCAGAGUAAACCAAUUUGCAAAGCUAUUACCUGUGGCCCCCCUCCACCGGUACUCUAUGGGAAAGUGGAAGGAUCUGAUUAUCGCUGGGGUGCCAGCGUGAGUUACAGCUGUGCAGAAGGCUAUCAGCUAUCUAACACAGCUAUUCUCUCCUGUGAGGGUCAAGGAAUUUGGCGGGGAGACAUCCCACAAUGUUUGCCUGUGUUUUGUGGUGAUCCUGGUACACCAGCAGAAGGACGCCUCAAUGGAAAAAGUUUCACCUACAGAUCUGAAGUUAGCUUUCAGUGCAGACCCCCUUUUAUUCUGAUAGGAUCUUCAAGAAGAUUCUGUCAAGCAGAUGGUACUUGGAGUGGAAUUCAGCCAACAUGCAUUGAUCCAGCUCACAAUACAUGUACAGACCCUGGUACUCCGCAUUUUGGAAUACAAAACAGUUCUAGAGGUUAUGAGGUUGGGAGCACAGUCUUUUUCAGAUGCAGAAAAGGUUAUCAUAUUCAAGGAUCUACCACCCGCUCUUGUCUUGCCAACUUAACUUGGAGUGGCAUACAGUCUGAAUGCAUUCCUCAUGCUUGCAGGCAGCCAGAGACACCGGCACAUGUAGAUGUGAAAGCAAUAGAUCUUCCUACUUUAGGGUAUACUUUGGUGUAUACCUGUCAGCCAGGAUUUUUUCUUGCUGGUGGAUCAGAACAUCGGACAUGUAAACCAGAUAUGAAAUGGACAGGAAAAUCACCUAUUUGUAAAAGUAAAGGAGUGAGAGAAGUUAAUGAAACAAUAACUAAAACUCCAGUUCCCUCAGAUGUGUUUUUUAUAAAUUCACUGUGGAAAGGGUUUUAUGAAUAUUUAGGAAAAAGACAGCCUGCUACUCUGACUGUUGAUUGGUUCAAUACUACAAGCAGCAAAGUGAAUGCCACAUUCAUUGAGGCAUCCAACAUACAACUCAAACUAUCAGGUGUUUACAAGAAAGAAGAAGCCCAUUUGCUCUUGAAAGUUUUUCAGAUUAAAGGACCUAGUGACAUUUUUGUAAGCAAGUUUGAAAACGACAACUGGGCUCUAGAUGGUUAUGUAUCCUCAGGGCUUCAAAGAGGGGUUUUUACCUAUCAAGGUGAUAUACAUGGAAAAGACUUUGGAAAAUUUAUGCUCCAAAGACAAGGUCCUUUAAGUGCAGACACAGACCUUUCAAAUCACUACUACGGUACAAACAGCAGUUCCGUUGCAGCUGCCAUCCUGGUACCAUUCUUUGCUCUAAUAUUAUCAGGGUUUGCAUUUUACCUCUACAAACACAGAACAAGACCAAAAGUACAGUACAAUGGGUAUGCUGGACAUGAAAACAGUAAUGGACAGGCUUCAUUUGAAAAUCCCAUGUAUGACACAAACUUAAAACCCACAGAGGCAAAGGCUGUGAGGUUUGAUACGACUCUGAACACAGUUUGUACAGUGGUAUAGCCUUCAGUGCCCAAUAUGACUGAUUCAUAGCCAUACCUCUGAUGGACAAGCAGUAAUUCCUUUGGUGCCAUAUACCAGUUUCCCUUCUUCUCUUGGCUUUGCUGCUGUAAUCUUUAACAUCUUCUGUCAGCCUACAUGCAGCUAAAUUUUCUGGUAAAAACGUGUCAGUCUUCUGGGGAUCAGACAAAGAAUAUUUUUUCAUCUCUUUAAGAUGGAUCAAAAUGCCUGGCUGCAUCUGCUUCAAAUCAAGGCACACUUUAAGGAAGACUGCCGAGUCAUGCCAAUUUGUCAUAUUUAAUGCCUCAGACUUUCAUAUUUGUAUGUGGCUGGAUGCCUUUCAAUGCAUUCUUCUGGGCACUUGGAUAAAUCCUGAGUACUGUGACAAGUGAUAGCACCACAGAUUAUCCCCGGGAAUAUUCUGAAGAAAUAAAGCUCUCUUGAAGGAGAAGACAACCUUCCUUGAGAUUACAUACACCUGCAAAUGCUUUACCAUUGAAAUCUUGCUAAAAUUAAAGAAACGUACAGUGUAUCUCAUACGUAGGGCAGUUUACCAAUUUCCCAAUCAGCCGUUAUAUUGCAAAAUGUUAAUGCACAAUUUUUUUGCACUAGAGUGUUAUGGAUGACUGAGUAAGAUACUGGUAAAAAUAUACAGGGUUUCUACACACUUUCCAUUGUAUAUAGACAUUCACUCACUCUUUGCCAAGCAAAACAUUCCACAAUAAAUUUACUUGGAAUAUUAAAUUAUGAGCCCCAUGCUUAGCACCAGUUAAAAUCUUGUGCGAUAGAGGACAAUAUUUCUUUUGUCAAUUUUUGACUAAAUUUUAUUGUAAAUGUGAUUACAAGUCACUGGAGACUUUCAGCCAGAGCAAGAGCCCAUUUCUAAGAAACUUUCAUUGCCAGUAUUGUUUUCUUCUGAAACCAGUCAUCAAUCACCAUUGUCAGUAUCAUACUAUUUAACAGCAGGGGGGUUAGCAGCUACUGCUGCUUGCCAUGUACAAAUGUGAAUAGUAAUUUAUUUUAGAUAGCUCAUAAAAAGCCUGUGAGCCUGUGCUCAUAAUACAGUCUUCCCUUUUGCAUUUUUUUCCAUUUUUUCCUGUAAUAUGACAUCAUUUUCUGAUGUUACAUGGAACUAAAACACAUAACAGUAGCAUAUGUAAACCCAGUGCAAAUUGUCUAUAACAAGCUGUCAUUCAGUUUCUACUUUGAACAAAUAGAAAUAUUCAACUAUCUUUGCUUUCUGUUUCUUUUCAGAUUUUUUAAACACACUGCUUACUGCUUUUGUACUUACACAGUUUGACAGAGGAAGUUCGAUAUUUGUAAAUAUGAAUGGUUGAGUAAAUCAUUAACAUUUGCUUAGAAUUAGAGGUUUUAUUGAAUAAAAACAAACAAACAAACAAAAGAUGCCAUUGGGCAGAUUAAUUAAAUUGAGUUUUAAAAUUAGGAAAUUACAGGAAAUAAUGAAGCAAAAUCUGAUUUUAGUCAUACACGUUGAGCUCAGAAACCAGGAAAGUUGCUUUGCUUUUCUUUAAAAUUCAGGCUUGGUUUUUGUUGUUGUUGUUUUGUUUUAGUUUGCUGAAUUUCAAACUGUCCUAAUGUCCAGUUGCAAUCAAAAACUGUAGAAAAAUGUUUCUGAACUCCAUCUGUGUGUAGGUCUGGCUGUUAUACACAAACCAAAAAGGUAAUGUAAACCCAUUAACGUUUUUUUCAGCUAAUGUUGCAGAACGCAAAGAAAAUUUCAAAGGUAACCCUUGGUCAGCUUAACAAAUCUACAUCUGUUAGAUGAAAAAUACCAGCAAUAUAAUACAGUAUUGUAGGGCCUCCAGCUGUUAUAUUCUUCAUAUGAGCAAGAAACUCUGAAGAAAAUUUAAUAAAUAAUCCUUUCCAGUCA